CUGGUCGGCUGAUUCGGCACUCAUUCUAUUUCAAACAAUCUCAUGAUAACUACGUUAUUGUCUCUGCCUGUCCUAUUUGUGAGAUGUUGCAGGUCUUUUUCCCUGAGCCAAGUGACGCUCUGGGAGCUCUAGAGUACCGAGACAGUUGUGUUGAAUGUGUUGUGGUGAAGCGGUGACUGGAUCUGGUAGCAGCCGCUAUUUGACCUGGUGGAGGGGGAGGGGGUCUCGAGUGCAUCCGGAGGCCGGGCACCGGGAACCUACUACCCCCGCAGGAGUCAUGUCGGAUUCCGAGUCUGAGAAUUACUCGUCGGAGGAGGAUGAGGAUUACGAGCCAUCAGAUGAAGAUUACAGCGAAGAUGAUGUCAAUGACCUAGUGAAAGAAGAUAAUUUAGAUGAAGAUGAACAACCCCAGAGAAAUAAGUGUUUGAAGAAGGCAGGAAAAAGGCUCUUGUUUGACAGAAAAAGAAACCAAGAGGAAUUGUGUUUGCAGCGUGAUGAUGCUGGAGGAGGGGAGGCUGACCAUCUUACUGACGCGACGGUAGAUGAGGAUUUGAAAGAAAAGAAGAAAGCUGACGAUCUCUGGGCCAGUUUCCUGAGUGAUGUCGGGCAUAAGCCUAAAUCUGUAGUCACCACUCCAGCUUCCAGCAAAGAGGGCAUACUAGUAGGGAAGUUGAGCAAGCCUGAGGAUACGGUGAAAGACCCAGAGAAACCAAAAGCACCUGGAAAAGUCACAAUCACAAAGGUGUUUGACUUUGCUGGAGAAAAAAUCAAAGUUACUAAAGAAGUGGAUGCUGCUUCCAAAGAAGCUAAAACGUUUUUGAAAAAUCAGAAUGAAGUUCAGGAGAAAGGUUCGCCUGCUGCACCAUCUGCUUUGGAAACUGGAAUCCCUACAGGUUCAGGAGUAAAGAGGCAAAGUGGAUUAGGUAGCAUUCUUGGAAAGAUUGGGGGAAAGAAACAAAAGUUGAGCACCCUGGAAAAGUCGAAGAUCGACUGGGAAGCAUUCAAAGAAAAGGAAGGGAUUGGUGAUGAGCUUGCAAUCUACAACCGAGGAAAAGAAGGAUACAUCGAACGAAAAGCUUUCUUGGAUAGAGUCGAUCACCGGCAGUUUGAGCUAGAACGUGAUAUCCGGCUCAGUAACAUGAAGCCUUGACAUUAAUCUUCCAGACAGAAGUCCGUUGUUUAAUGUAAACGUGCAUCUACACUCUUCACAGAUUACCACUGUCCCAGGCGGUGAUGGUUUAUGAUUGUAACAAACGUACUGUAAGCAGUGACAGUCUUUCCUUUGAAUUCUUUUACAUUUUUAAUUGUUGACCUGAUGUUAAAAUAAAUGUUUUUUCUAAAAAAAAUUAUCAAUAGGUAAUUAGACGGUAGUUAAUAGUGUGUCUCGGAGUUUUUCCUUUUUUUUUAACGACUACAACAAGUUCAAUGAGGUGUCAAAGAUUAUUGCAUGUUUUCAAACUUAAUACUCGACCAGGCUCUUGCAUUGAUGUUAUUUGGUGACAGUGCUGUUAGCUUUUGUUCUACAUGGACAGAAAUAAAUAAUUGUACUUCAGUUAUGUGAAUUAUUUUAAUUUCUACAAUCUCAAUCAUGAAUUUGCUAAUGUGUCUGUAAAAAUUAAAAUGAAAAUUAAUUUGACCCAAA